UGAUUCAGCAGCGAGCCGCUCCGCGUCUUCCUAAAAGCCGCCCUUCUCGCUCUCUAGUUUUAUGGGGGGCGGGGGGCGCGUGUUAUCCGCUCGCCGGCUCCUUUCCUUUUUUCCUUUUCACAAUUUCCCCGUCCUUUCCUCGCCCCUCAGUCCCCCGGGGCUGGAGUGACUUUAGGGUUGGGCUUUCUGGGGAUCACCUGCCCAUCACGAGUUUGAGACGUUUCCCACCUGCGGGCACCCGCUCGCGGCGGCAGCGGGACUUGGCUAGUGGGAGCCAGUCGGGAGGCUGCCGGGGCAAGCUGCGGGCCGGGCGUCGGAGUUCGGAGGCGCGGCAUGGCUAGUAUGAGAAACACCAAUGGCAGGAUCAUCUCAGAUCUUCAUUAUGGCAACUCAUGCAAGAAGCUGUUGAAUUAGAUCCAUUUCCUAUAGAUGAGAAACCAUAAAAGCAGUGGUAUUUAUGAGCCUCCAUUUAUUGUACUACUGCAGUGAACCAACCUUGGAUGUGAAAAUUGCCUUUUGUCAGGUGUGUGUUCCUUACAGGUAAAACAAGGGAUUCGAUAAACAAGUGGAUGUGUCAUAUAUUGCCAAACAUUACAACAUGAGCAAAAGCAAAGUUGACAACCAGUUCUACAGUGUGGAAGUGGGAGACUCAACCUUCACAGUUCUCAAGCGCUACCAGAAUCUAAAGCCUAUUGGCUCUGGGGCUCAGGGAAUAGUUUGUGCUGCAUAUGAUGCUGUCCUUGACAGAAAUGUGGCCAUUAAGAAGCUCAGCAGACCCUUUCAGAACCAAACGCAUGCCAAGAGAGCUUACCGGGAACUGGUCCUCAUGAAGUGUGUGAACCAUAAAAAUAUUAUUAGUUUAUUAAAUGUCUUCACACCCCAGAAAACGCUGGAGGAGUUCCAAGAUGUUUACUUAGUAAUGGAACUGAUGGAUGCCAACUUGUGUCAGGUGAUUCAGAUGGAAUUAGACCAUGAACGAAUGUCUUACCUUCUAUACCAAAUGUUGUGUGGCAUCAAGCACCUUCACUCUGCUGGAAUUAUUCACAGGGAUUUAAAACCAAGUAACAUUGUAGUCAAGUCCGAUUGUACAUUGAAAAUCCUUGACUUUGGACUGGCCAGGACCGCGGGCACAAGCUUCAUGAUGACUCCUUAUGUGGUGACGCGUUAUUACAGAGCCCCUGAGGUCAUCUUGGGAAUGGGCUACAAGGAGAACGUGGAUAUAUGGUCUGUGGGAUGCAUUAUGGGAGAGAUGGUUCGCCACAAAAUCCUCUUUCCGGGAAGGGACUACAUUGACCAGUGGAACAAAGUAAUUGAGCAACUAGGAACACCAUGUCCAGAAUUCAUGAAGAAAUUGCAACCCACAGUAAGAAACUAUGUGGAGAAUCGGCCUAAGUAUGCAGGACUCACCUUCCCCAAGCUCUUUCCAGAUUCCCUCUUCCCCGCGGAUUCUGAGCACAAUAAACUCAAAGCCAGCCAAGCCAGGGACUUGUUGUCGAAGAUGCUCGUGAUUGACCCAGCCAAAAGGAUAUCGGUGGACGACGCCUUGCAGCACCCGUACAUCAACGUCUGGUAUGACCCCGCCGAGGUGGAGGCGCCUCCACCUCAGAUAUAUGACAAGCAGUUGGAUGAAAGAGAACACACCAUUGAAGAAUGGAAAGAACUUAUCUACAAGGAAGUAAUGAAUUCAGAAGAAAAGACUAAAAACGGUGUGGUAAAAGGCCAGCCUUCUCCUUCAGGUGCAGCAGUGAACAGCAGCGAGAGCCUCCCUCCGUCUUCGUCCGUCAACGACAUCUCCUCCAUGUCCACCGACCAGACCCUGGCGUCCGACACUGACAGCAGCCUGGAAGCCUCGGCGGGCCCGCUGGGUUGUUGCAGGUGACUAGCCGCCUGCCUGCGAAACCCCGCGUUCUUCAGGAGGUGACGCGACGGAGCCCACGCCCACGCCCACUCGCACACACUCAUGCACACGCGCAGCCACGGGAGCACGGCAAGGGCGAGGCCGAGCCUGAGCGGAAACAUCCUCAGCCUGCUUCUCCAGAGUCCAUAGUGCGCUAAGCGAAACGCAUCCCUAACUUCUCGCUGCUCUUGCUUUCGGCCCCCCAGUGAUGCUUACUACUGAAGGCAGAUCCAGCAGCGAGGGAAGCCUUUCCCCUAGAGUGUAAUUGUAAUGGCUGCAAAACCAGUGACCUGUAGCUGCCCUUUCCAAUGGCAUGACAAGGUGUGCCGUGGCCCCGUCCAGCAUGUGUGUGUCUCUAUCUUGCAUCUACCUGCUCCUCUUGGCCUAGUCAGAUGGAUGUAGAUACAGAUCCGCAUGUGUCUGUAUUCAUACAGCACUACUUACUUAGAGAUGCUCCUGUCAGUGUCCUCAGGGCCCUACCAACACAUCAUGCACUGGGGUACCACGUGGUCCAUUUCGUGUGAUCUAUUACUCUGACGUCAAACCCAUCUGUAAUAUAUUGCCAGUAUAUAAGCUGUUUAGUUUGUUAAUUGAUUAAGCUGUAUGUCUUAUGAGAAAACAUGUAAAGGGGGGAAAUGUGGGGGGAGUGAGCUCUCUCGGACCCUUGAAGGUGUAGCUUCCAAAUUUGAACUGAUUAAAUGGCACCUGUAUACCAAUUUGUA